CCGCCCUUGCCUUCACUACACCUUCACUCGUCCUGCAUGCCGUGCGACAUUACCGUCUCCAGGACGAGUAUGCUACAUCCGCAGACUUCCGAUUACCAUCUUCCUUUUCUCUACUCUCUCUCGGCUUGUCUACACCUCGCGACUACCGCGAUCAUUUAUCAGCCCUCUUGACAGUGUUAUCUGACACAAAUGUCAACGCCAAAACUGUUGCACCUCGCUUAGCGAAUGGCUUUCCUGGGGAGAAGCAUAAUACUUUCUUUGAUGAGAUUCAAGGCCCAGGGACUCCAUUUGGCAGGGCUUCGUCUGUCUCUCUCAGUCAUGGUUUGAAGCGGCCGCGGCCUAGCCUUGGUCUCGAUUUUUCUAAUCCUGUUAAGUCCGAGCCAAGAUUAGGUUUUGAGACUAUCGAUGGAAAAACCUUAUCAGAUUUUCGUCCUGGCAGAAACUUGAUGAACGAGACUAACAAUCUGGCAUUUCCUUUGAGCAAGCGAAGACGUGUAGAUUUUACUCUAGUUGAUAAGGAGAUUUGUGACUUGACGCAACAACAACAACAAAUAAAUGCCCUGACAAAGAUGACAGACUCUAUGAACGAUGAAGUUAAGGAGUCUCAAUUGAUUCAAUUGCCGAUAUCUUUUUUCGAUCCAGGCCUGGCGGCAGAAACCCAAACUAACUUGAACUCUGGGCUUUCGAGCUGCCAGAUGCCUUUCUUAGAAGAAUCUCAUCUUAGAUGUGUCCCAAUUAGGACGCCAAGUAGGUUUUUAUAUGGGAACGACUGUCAACAGCUAAUUUUAUGA